AAUCCCAUUAGGUAUGUCGAUUUUAGAUUUUUCGUUUUUUUUUUUAAUGAGCUUUAGCUAAUUCGUUGAUCUCACGCUCAGUGUCUCUUUGUCUAGUGUCUUGAUUUACAGCUAAAGAUGGCAGUUUAUGAACAAACAGUAACCGAUACAUCAUCAAAGAAGAGAAAAUCUAGGGCUCGAGCAGAUGGUACAACGGUCGCUGAUAGGCUAAAGAAGUGGAAAGAGUACAACGACAUUGUUAACAAAGGAGAGAAUAAACCGAGACAAAAAGUUCCCGCGAAAGGAUCGAAGAAAGGGUGUAUGAAAGGCAAAGGAGGACCAGAGAAUACUCACUGUAGUUUCAGAGGAGUUAGGCAAAGAGUUUGGGGUAAAUGGGUUGCAGAGAUCCGGGAACCUAACAGAGUGAGUAGGCUUUGGCUUGGUACUUUUCCUACAGCGGAAGAAGCUGCUUCUGCUUAUGAUGAAGCCGCUAAGGUUAUGUACGGUCCUUUGGCACGCCUUAACUUUCCUCAACAGUGUGUUGUUGCCUCUGAGUCUUUUGCUAGCACGUCGAGUCAGUCUGAGGUGUGUAGUGUUGAGGAUAAACCGGUUCUUGAUGGUGAUGUUCAUUGUGAGUCUAGACCAGUUAGUCAGAUUAGUGAUGGUAAUACUAGGAUGAGUUCCGAUUUGCUGGAUGAGUUUGAUGGGGAGUAUUGGGGCAGAGUAUCCAAGGAGAUAGAGAAACCUAAGGAGGGAGAGGAAGAAGUGCUUACUAUUGCGGAUUAUGGUUGGUCUAAUGAUAUGUUGAGCGAGCAAGAUCUUUGGGAUCCGAAUGAAGUUUUUGAUGUUGAUGAACUCCUAGGGGAUAUAGAUGAAUGCAUCAUGUUAACAGGUACCGGUGUGGAUGAAGACCAGAACGGGAUAAACCCUGGUGGUUAUGACUCGCAUGUUCCUCUUCAGCUGGAGCCACACGAUGGUCACGAGUUCUUUGACAUGAGUUCUCUGGAUCUCUGAGAGUUGAGUCAUUGAAUGGUCUGAAACCGAGUCUUUGGAUUUGAAAAAUAAAUGGGUGUUAAUGAAA